AUGUCGAAAAAAGCUCAGUACCUUCUGGAGGCACACAUAAGUGAUAUUUUGAAUAACGUGGAUACUUUUCUAUUCGACUGCGAUGGUGUUUUGUGGAAUUAUGAUGACCUCAUUCCAGGCGCUUUGGACUGUGUCAACAAGUUGAAAAAACAGGGGAAAACUGUAUAUUUUAUAACCAACAACAGUACUAAAACUCGGAAAAACUAUUGCAAAAAAUUUACUGACCUGAAAUUUGAUGUUCACGAAGAUGAAAUAAUCUGUACUGCAUAUAUUGCUGCUUUGUAUUUACAUAAUAACAACUUCAAGGGAAAAGUUUAUCCAAUUGGAAGCCCUGGUCUCCUUGAAGAACUUGACAACUUCAACAUUGCCCACACUGAUGUUGUGCCUGAUCCCACUGUUGGCAACAUACUAGAAUGGUGUAAUAUCAAAUUAGAUCCUGAGGUGACUUGUGUACUGGUGGCCUUUGAUGAACAUAUCACCUUUAAUAAAAUUAUGAAAGCUGCCACUUACAUUAAAAAGAAAAAUUGCCUUUUCUUAGCCACAAAUGAGGAUGCUGCCCUACCCAUGCCUGGGAACAUGGUAAUCCCAGGAACUGGUACAAUGGUGAAUGCUGUUAAAACUCCUGCCGGGAAAGAACCAAUUGUUGUUGGCAAACCUCAUUCUACAAUCAUUGACCUUCUUAUAAAGCAGAAAGGGUUAGUUCCUGCCAAGUCAAUGAUGAUUGGAGACCGACUCAAUACAGACAUUGCAUUUGCAAAGAAUCACCAUUUGAAAUCCCUCCUUGUCCUCAGUGGAAUCUCAACUGAAGAAGACAUUCACAAAGCAGAGGAAAAUCCCAAUGACCCCAAAGCCUAUGUUCCAGAUUUUUACUUACCUUCACUUAAAGAAUUUUCAGAACUUCUUCCAGAAUAA